GAGAGCUGGCCUAUAAAUAGUCGACAUUGGGGUUUCGGUGGCCUCAGACUUGACUUGUUUUUCAAGCGGAAGGGAAGCAGCAGGCUCAACUGAUAUGGAUCGCUUUGUGAUAAUUGGUUUUUUUCUACUAUCAAUUGGGAUUGCGCACAGUUAUCCCCAAUUCAACAACGGAAAUCAAUUUGGAGAGCCAUGGGAAAACCCCUGGUUCCGUCCUGAGCAACCAAGUCAGCCUCCGAUAACUCAAGACGGUGGAGCAAGCUCGACUACGACUACCACCGCUCGACCAACAACACAGUCCCCGCGCUAUUAUGCCUGCUUCCAGUCUUGUCCGGCGACCAGCGAGUAUAAUCCAAUCUGUGGCAGUGAUAAUGUAAACUACUACAAUGAAAACAGAUUCAACUGCGCCUUGAACUGUGGCCUAAGAAUCCAGCAAGUGCAUAAAGGAAUUUGUUAAACAUAGUCCAGAGGAUCAUCAUCAGCAUCUAGCAGCUUAUCUAUAUAUUACAUUACUCAAUCCUACAUAUACACCACUGAUCGAUGACAUCAGCUAAUAAACACAAAUACAUGAA